CGUUGCCGCCACACUACGACACGGAGGCGCGGCUAAGGUAACCGUGUGACCCGCAUCCCAGGCUUGGCCGACGGCAGCUGCCGCACCGAGGAGAGCCAGCCGACGCCGGCCCUGCAGCCGCCAGGAUCGCGCCGUUCGCAGUUCCUGCGCGCCGUGUCGCUGUUCUCGGCGGCGCACCAGCUCGCCGUGCUCGAGGCCCGCGAGGAGCAGGGCGUGUCGCUGCUCGAGCGCAGCACCAGCCUCACCGCCGAGCCGCUGGAGCCGUUCGAGGCCCUGGGCGCGGCGGCGGGCCCGGCGCUGGCGCGCAGCCUCAGCCUACCGGCGGACCAGCUCGCGAAGCAGGUGCAGCAGGGCAGGUCGUCGAGGAGCACCCGCAGCACCCGCAGCUGCAGCCUGGCCGGCGAGCCCUGCGCGCUGCCCCGGCGGCGCGCUGCUCGGGGCGCCACCCAGGUCGGCGCGGCCGCCGCACAGCGCACGCAGCGAGACAAGCCACCCUCGAAGAGCGAAUCGGCGAGUGACCGGGCCGGGUCAAAUCGAGACAGCGAGGAAACUCCUUCUGAAGCGACGCCGAAGAGCCAUGCGUCGAACGUCAACGAACCGGACAUGGACCCCGCGUUGGCCGAGCUGCUCCGGAGCCUGUGGGAGGACCCACCCCACGAGUCGGGGCGAUCCCCGCGCCCCGAGGCGGUCGCGCCCUCCAGGGACCGGGGCCGUGACCGUGACCGUGACCGGGACCGGGACCGGGAUCGGGACCGGGACCGGGACCGCGAGCCGGACGUGCUGUCGGGCCUGUGGCGCAUGCUGGACAGCUACGACGAGUUCGUCUGCUCGCCACCGGGUUACCACGCCUUCAGACAGGACAAGCCGCACUGGCUCGACCAGGAGCCCAUCCCGUGGCGGGUCCGCGAGGCCGCGAGGGAGAAGUGCAACAGGUGGCUGCAGUCGUGCCCCAUCAGGGAAUGGGAGAGGCGCGACACGCUAGAGAGCCUGGGCCGGCGGCGCUCCCGGGUAGCAGAGCCUCCCGCCGCCGGGCCGCCGCCCCCGCGGUCCGUCACCUCCACGCCGGCCCUCGCCGACCACGUGCCGGCCAUCACCGCCGUGCGGAAGCUCAAGCAGUUCAAGCAGGCGCAUUGAGGUCAAGGAAGAGGAGAUACGCGAGAUUAAAAAUAAUGACGUCGUUUAUUUACAAAAGAUAUUUACAAAAACUUUUAUGGCGUAUGUAGGGCGUAUUAUGGCAGAGAUGAAAACAUGAUAUUUAUGAUGAUUAAUGAAGCUCUAUCGAGAGGAGGUCGUUGAUGGAACUGAUCAGACUGUUUUACCCCACGAAGCAAGUGCGGGGGUUCCUAGUCCCCAAAGUACCUUACAAUAACGUUGCAAGAGAUCAGUCGAGUGUCGCAAACACUUAUUAGCCCGACGGGAAAAAAGAAAUACUAAGGGCGAAGUUUAAUACUCCAAGGUGACGCAUUUCGUCUUCAGGUAUUCAUUCAGCGCCUCUUCUCCUGUAAACGAAGGAAGAUACAUGGAAUUAAUAAACAUGACAAUAUUA